AUGCAGAGCAUGCCAAUGAGCUUCGGACGAUGGCAGACGCAAGACGUAGAGCUGAACCCGUCUGAAGAAAACACCUUUCCAUUUGCUCCCUCCAGGACGCUAGGCGACACGAAUCUGUCGUGCAGACUUUGUUGCUGCUGGGCAGGUUGCUUCCCCACAGGAAGUGCCUUCUCAGCUGUGGCUGAAUUGUAUUUGGAUUUGAUUUUUUUUGUCAUAUCCGCCGUUUCCUGUCAUGGUAUUUCCAAGCUCACACACGACUUGAAUUCUGAACCAACAUUCCGAAAGGUAUACUGGAAAUCCUCGUGGCGCAGCAUCCAAAAUCCGCCCAUUUUUGUUGAAUCUAUCCUUGAAUCAAUGAUUCAAACAAGUGGAUUGUGUAGGGCCCAUCUUGCUGUUUGGCCCAGAGUUGAAGAAGCAACGUCCUUGGCAUGUGGCGCAGAUCGGAAAGGGUCUUUCGGUGUAACAUCAGAUUCAAGUUUGCAAAGUUCAGCCAUUGGUCAACGGAUUUCUUCGACCUUUUUGCAAAUCUUAAAUUGA